AUGAGUGAAGAAUAUAAUGAACUUAUGAAUAAAUACAAGGAUUAUAUUGAUCUUACAGAUGCAAUAUAUAAGCUGAAAACAUUAGACGAAGAUAAAAUCAACGAAAUCUAUAAUGAAAUCAAGAGUAAAUUGAUCGAAACAGGAAUCAUUUCAGCAUCUCAGAAUUUUAAAAUGAUCGAAACUGCAAUGAAAUAUAAUAUUUGUUACUUUAAAUCGUACUUUUUAUUACUCCAAAUGUUAUCAAAAGAGUAUAAACUUAACAAAGACAAAUUACUAAACUUGUAUCAAAAACAAUACAAAAUUUUAAAUAUUGAAUCAAAAUAUUCAAUACUCAGAGCAAUUAUGAAUGAUGAUAUUAUAGAAUUUAUUAAACUUGUAGAAAUAGGAGAAUUUGAUCCAUGUCAAAGUGUUAUGUGUCCUUUAUAUCCGUUAUGUAGAAUUUCAAUACUUGAAUUAUGUUGUUACUACGGUUCUGUUGCUUGUUUUAAAUUUUUAAUAACAAAAUUCAAAUUAGAAAUCACUGAAGAAUGUAUUCAAUGUGCAUUUUUGGGUGGAAAUCCAGAUGUAAUGAGUGAAUGUUUUAAAGAGCUAAAAAACACAUUUUUCUUGAUGGAUUUUGCAAUUGCUUCACACAACAUCGAUCUUGUUUCUUUCAUGAUGAAUGAAUAUAAUAAAGAAGUCAAAUUAAUAAAAUCUGGAAAAUUCAAUAAUCUUCAUGCAUUUUUAGUUUAUUAUGAUCAAACAAAAGAUGUCAAUGGUUGUAUGGCUGCAUCGUCUCUUUUUAACAUUCCAUCUCUUUGUGAAUAUUUCAUUUCGAAAGGUGCUGACAUCAAUGCAAGAUAUCUUGGUCGUACAGCUCUUCAUAUGGCAGCAGAAGAAGAUUGUAGCAAAGCAGCAGAAUUUCUUAUUUCAAAAGGCGCCAAUAUGGAGUUAAAAUAUUAUGAUAGAUACACAGCUCUUGAUUUAGCAGCGCAAAAUAAUAGUGUUGAAACAUUACGAAUCCUACUAUUACAUGGUGCAAAUAUAAAUACAAGAGCUGAGUUUGGUAGGACUGCACUACAUCAUGCUGCAGGGUUUAAUAAAAAAGAAGCAUUCGACAUUCUAGUUUCAUUUGGUGCAGAUAUCAAUGCCAAAGAUAACUUUGGUGUAAUUCCACAUAUAUAUUGUUGA